AUGUCGGCCGCUGCUCAGAGCAAGAAGCGCCUCGCGCCCGACUCGCCGGGGGGCGAGCGGAAGCGCGCGAGCCUGGGCAAGGGCGGCUCCGACGUGCCGCACCUUGAGCGGAGAGCCUCUUCGGCCGCGCUCGCCGCCGCCGUCCGAGGCGCGUCCUUCGGCAGCUCUUCGGACGGCGCGAGCGCGUCGGCGCUGGCUCCGCGGUGCGCGGGCGCGCGGCUCGCGGCGGUGCGCGGCGAGUUCGAGAUGUCGGUCGCCUCCUUUGCUGAGCAGCUCCGCGCCGCCUCUGGCGAGAAGGACAAGGGCGGCGAGCGGGGCGGCGCGGGCGAGGGCGUCACGUCCAAGGCGCUGGCCAAGUGGGAGGCGGGGCUCGCGCGCGUGCCCGCGAGGGUGCACGCGGUGUCGGAGAGGAUGCACGCGCAGCUGCUCAAGCAGCUCGAGGAGGAGAGCGGCGGCGGGGACGUGGUGCAGCUGGUGCAAGAGAGCAUGGUCGGGGCAGAGUUCCAGGCGCCCGUGCCAAAGUACGGAGCGGCGCCAAAGGCGUGCGCGCGCAAGGACGAGCUCGUCUGGUCUCCGCGCGCCGCCGCGAGAGAAGGGGUCGACAUCCCGGACUUCCUCGCCUCGGUCAAGUCGCUGCUUGAAGGGGACCCGGCCCUCCCGUACGACGAGGAGGCGGCGCUGCACACGCUGGCCCUCCUCCGCUACCGCCGCGCCGCCGCCCUCGCCGCCCUCGAGUAUUGCGUUGCGUGGCGCAAGGCGCACACCUCUCGCCUCGCCGCCCUGCGCGCCUCGCAUCAGGACGGAGGCCGCGUCGCCGCCGUCAAGGCCACGCUGUGGCUGUCCGCCCUGCGCGCCGCGGCGCGAGAACGCAAGGUCGCGGCGGGCGACUGCGAGGCGCUGCAGGCGGGGCUGCUGAAGCACGGAAAGGACUUGGCGGUGGUGCGGAGGACGCAUUUGCGCGAGAGGACGGUCGGGCAGGUGGUCGACCUGUACUACCGCGCGCCGUGCGAGUACACCGCUUGCGUCGCCGCCGUCGAAGAGGACGUCGCCCCGCCGCCGAAGGAAGCGACGCCGAAGGUCAAGUGAAAUUAUGUGAAUCGAAGGGCCCCCCCGCCGCGCGGGGCCGCGUGCGGCGUGGGCCGAGAGGACGUUUUCUAAU